AUGUUUUCGUCGCUCUUCAGCCGUGGAGCGCUCUCGCUCGCGGUCGUUUCUCUUCUUACCUCGUCCGUUGCCGCAGAGGUUUUUGAGAAGCUGUCCACUGUCCCGCAGGGAUGGAAAUACUCCCACGCCCCCAGUGACAGCGACCCCAUCCGCCUCCAGAUCGCCCUGCAGCAACAAGAUGUCGACGGCUUCGAAAAGGCUCUCCUGGAAAUGUCGGACCCCUCCCAUGCCAGCUAUGGCAAGCAUUUCCAGUCUCACGAGGAGAUGAAGCGGAUGCUCCUCCCCAGUCAGGAGUCCGUGCAGUCCGUCCGCAGCUGGCUGGAGUCUGGCGGUGUGACCGAUAUUGAGGAGGAUGCCGAUUGGAUCAACUUCCGGACCACAGUCGGUGUGGCCAAUACCUUGCUGGAUGCCGACUUCAAGUGGUACGUGAGUGAUGUGCGGUCCCUCGAGCGUCUGCGCACCCUCUCGUACUCCAUUCCUGAGUCCCUCGCGUCGCAUGUCCACAUGAUCCAGCCCACCACCCGGUUCGGACAGAUCAAGGCCAACCGGGCCACUCUCCAUAGCUCUUCCUUGUACCGGGACGAGAAGAUCCUGUCGGCCUCUCUUCAGGCGGGUAACUCCACUUGCGACCAGGUCAUCACCCCACAGUGCCUGAAGAGUCUCUACAACAUCGGUGACUACAAGGCCGAUGCCCGCAGCGGCAGCAAGGUCGCGUUCGCCAGUUUCCUGGAGGAAUAUGCCCGGUAUGACGAUCUCGCCAAGUUUGAGGAGAAGCUGGCUCCGUAUGCGAUCGGCCAGAACUUCAGCGUCAUCCAGUACAACGGAGGCUUGAACGACCAGAACUCGACCAGCGACAGCGGUGAGGCCAACCUCGAUCUGCAGUACAUGCUCGGUAUCAGCGCUCCCCUCCCCAUCACCGAGUUCAGCACGGGCGGUCGGGGCAAGCUCAUUCCCGAUCUGAGCUCGCCCGAUCCCAACGAUAACAGCAACGAGCCUUACCUCGAGUUCCUGCAGAAUGUGCUCAAGAUGCCCCAGCACAAGCUCCCCCAGGUUAUCUCCACCUCGUACGGUGAGGACGAGCAGACCAUCCCCAAACGGUACGCUCUCUCGGUCUGCAACCUGUAUGCUCAGCUCGGCAGCCGUGGUGUUUCGGUCAUCUUCUCCUCCGGUGACUCUGGUGUUGGCGCCGCUUGCCAGACCAACGAUGGCCAUAACACCACCCACUUCCCACCCCAGUUCCCUGCUGCCUGCCCGUGGGUGACCUCGGUCGGCGGUACCACCAACACCCAGCCCGAGGAAGCCGUGUACUUCUCCUCCGGCGGUUUCUCCGACCUGUGGCCUCGUCCUGGUUACCAAGAGGUCGCGGUCCGCGGAUACCUGAAGAAGCUCGGAGGCACCUAUCGUGGAUUGUACAACCCCCGCGGCCGUGCCUUCCCCGAUGUUGCUGCCCAGGCGAUGAAGUAUGCCGUGUUCGACAAGGGUGCGCUACACCAGUAUGCUGGAACCUCGUGCUCGGCCCCCGCCUUUGGUGGCAUCAUUGGUCUGCUGAAUGACGCUCGUCUGCGCGCGCACAAGCCCCCCAUGGGAUUCCUGAACCCUUGGCUGUACAGCCAGGCCAGCCACGGUUUCAACGAUAUCGUUGUGGGCGGCAGCAAGGGUUGCGACGGACGAAACCGCUUCGGCGGUACUCCCAACGGCAGCCCCGUGGUUCCAUAUGCCAGCUGGAAUGCGACUGAAGGCUGGGACCCGGCCACCGGUCUGGGCACUCCCAACUUUGGCAAGCUUCUGCACCUUGCUCUGCGGAGAUAA